AUGUAUGAUGAAGCAGUUGUGAGGGAUCCGUUCUUGACUGUCUUCUUGGAGUUGUUCUGCCACGGACAGUUGAUGAAUAGGUUGACACAGCAGACUGUCACCACUGAUCGGUCGACGCCGACGACGAAGAAGCGGGUUUCAUUUGUCGAGCGGAGUGCGGACUAUGGAGACUCCUACGUGGAAACGUGUCCUGCAGUCGACUGCGAUGACGUCGUCAGUUCCUGCUGUGCGUCGAGGUCCGUCUUCGAUUCAGACUUGCGAUCAAAUUUCACCACGACUGCCGAUAGCCGGGAAAAAUCUGGUACUACGGGGAGUACAUCGGAGAACAUGCGUUCUUCCGAUAGCCGUUCUCAUGUCAGCCAUAAAUUCCUGAACGAAGACGUCGCGGCACCCGCAGCCGUGAAUAAAGCUGCGAAGCAGCAGCAAUCUCUGCCCGUAAAAUAUCAAAGGAAAGAUGUCGAUCGUAGGAAACACCAGUCUCGUGUAUCGCCAGCAGUGCAUGGAAUCAAAUCCAAAGCGGUCCAUGCACACCGUACGGAUACCGGUGCCAGCUGCAAGGAAACUACGGAAGAUCCUAGCAAAAGUGUUUCGAUGCAAAAUUAUUAUCAAUUAUGCUUUUCGGAAAGCCUGACUUCGGUCCCGCAAAUUCCAGGACCUCAUGUGCAUGAGCGAGGUGGACUCGCAAGCCGAAAAAUGGCAGAGCGGAAGUCGGCAUCGUGCGUCUCGUCCAACGAGUCGGCGAAUUGUGUACAACAAAUGGACUUCCCCGGGAUGCAAGCGAUGAGGAUUGAGGCCGCUUCGGGAUUCACGCAAGUGUACGCUCACGAUGAAUCCAUUUCACGUUGCAAGCCGGGUUCUGAAAAUCAAAAGACCCUGCAGUUUGCGCACGCGGGUGCCAAGUGUUCGCAACGUGUGCAUUCGAAAGAUCCUCGACGGCGACAACUGUGUGCGUCGGAGGUCUGUGGAAUCCGCGUCGAGCAGGAGACCAGGUCUGACCACCGCCGCGGCGGCGAAAUACGGAGCGGUAAACGCAUGUCCCUUAGGUCUCCGGCGGCGAAGCGAACUUUUCACGUGACUGAAAAGAGAGGCGGUGGCAUGGGUUCUAUGGGAAAAGGAACGUCGUCUCAUGGACCGAAUACAUACGUCAGUGAUUUCGACGACUGGAAAUUGCCGAUUGCUCCCUCAAUUCAAAAGGAUUUCACGGGUUCCAACAUGGAUAUAAAUCUGGUUCAGAAAAUGAAGCAAGUCGUGCCAGAGAACCGAUCUAAACGAGAGCAUUACGAGUACGCGUUCAACGCUGAGCUGCUGGCUCACGAGAUCGAGGAGACGAAGGAAAAGAUGAAGGACCGGUUUCGGGCCGUGCAAGGCGCCGUGGGUUCGGGUACCGGGUGCGCGGGUCGGGUCGGGUCGCCGCCGUCCGCGCGGACUGCGGCGCUGCUUCACCGCUUGCGCCGCGAUUGCUGGCUCCUCAACUGGCUCUGGGUCGGCCUGGUGACCGCCACUGCGGGCUUGGGGGUUUUCCUCGUCCUCCUCUUCUUUUUGGACGUGCAUGCCAUUGUUCUGGUUCCUGCGUGAAGUGACACGUUAUGCUGCGGAUUCAAAAACCGCGGAAAAUGCACGCUCGCGAAUUUCAUGCAGUCACGCGACUAAUGUAGACCGAUCGAAUUUUUUCAUUGUCGCCAGCGAAAGAAGUACUGUUGGAAAAGGAUAUGCUUCAAGAAGUGGGGAGGGAUUGAAUGCCUUCUAGGGAAAUUGUUAUUGGGGGGUGGUCUUCGGCUGUGCUUUGGAGUUCGUUGGAAGACACCAGGGCUCAAAAAGUGUAUGUAAAAGUCACUUUACGCGAAGGCAAGGGAUUCUUGAAAGGGAUUCUUGAUGAGUGCAUCGUUUUCUUUCGUUUCAGCAUUUUCUUAUGCCACAGAAGAUGCGAAAUGGAAUAACAAUUCUGACUGAUGUAAUCCUGAAUACCCGUGUUUGGAAAAGAUUGGAUCAAUUGAAUGCUUGAUUCACAUACAUUUUCGGCUAUUUAUCCGCGGAUCCUUGAGUUGAGAAAGCCUGCACAGCGGCAGCAGAAAAAUAAAAUGAAAAUGUAAAAUAAUUAGAAGCAAAACUAAAUAACAUAAGCCAAAAAAAUGGAAAAUUCGACAGGCGCAAGGAAGGAGAGUCCACAAAAAAGCUAAGAAGAAACAUAAAAUAAUUUUUCCAUGUGGCUUCUAUAAGGAAAUUUAAUUACAAAAAAGCUCCAUAACGCAACAUUUUCUUUUUCGG